AUGCUCCUGAUAUUCCUUUUCCCCUUAAUAAUCCCAAUCUAUGCCAAUAUUGGCAGAUCUGGGGAUCAUUUGGAGGAGAGCCAGCUGACCUUUUUGCGCUACGUGCUACCGGAUUACUUUUCAAAGGUUACGGAUUCCCAGCUGGAGGAUAUUACGGCUUAUCAGACCGAUGAAAAGCUAACGUACACCCAGCAAAAAGAGGAAACCUUUCGCUAUUUGGCAGAGAAUAAUAUCGGUGGGGAGAUUAAGGAACACUUCAACGAAUACUACAAACUAGAGGCCGGAAAAAGAGACCGAUUCCGCAAAUAUACCGAAUCGCUUGCUAAAGCCAUCGAGCGCUAUUUUUCCAUUUACAACCAGCGCACUCGCCCAAUGAGGGAAAUCAAAGAAGAGAUCAACACCCUUAUCGAGGAACUCGACAAGCCGGUGGCCAAUGGGCUGAAAGUUGCCAUCAAUGAAUUGGAAUCGUCUCGGAUCCUGAAUCACCAGAAGAAAUCGCGCAACGGCCGCGAGAGCAAGCAGCAAGAGGAUGAUCUGGCUGUUGAUAUGAAA